AUGCUACGACCUUGGUUUUGCUUUAAAUCGUGCGUUUCUUUAUUAUCGAAUCGUCGUCAAUAUGGUUUUCGUUAUCUUGCCACGGCGGAACCAUCAAAGUCAGAGAAGCCAGCCAAGCCAGCCAAGCCAAUGUCUGUUCAAGAGAAAAAGAUGCGACUAGGACAAGAUCAAUUCAGAAAAGAAUUGGAAGAACGAAUAUCCAAGAUACCCAUUCAAAACUAUAGAAAUUUCAGUAUUGUGGCACAUGUUGAUCAUGGGAAAUCUACAUUAUCCGAUAGACUUCUUGAACUUACAGGGGUCAUUGAGCCGGGCUCUAAAUCUCAAGUACUUGAUAAACUUGAUGUGGAAAGAGAGCGAGGAAUUACGGUCAAAGCUCAAACGGUCUCGAUGUUAUACACCGAGCCAGCUUCAGGGCAGGAUUAUUUACUUCAUUUGGUUGAUACUCCUGGUCACGUUGAUUUUAGAGCUGAAGUCUCGCGGAGUUAUGCGUCGUGUGGAGGGGCUUUACUUUUAGUUGAUGCUUCGCAAGGUGUGCAGGCUCAAACAGUUGCAAACUUUUUUCUUGCUUAUAGCAUGGACUUGAAACUUAUACCCAUUAUAAACAAAAUCGACCUUGACCUGGCAAAUAUCCCUAGAGCUAUGGAGCAAGUGGAGACUACGUUUGAGUUGGAUCCUGCAGAUUGCAUUCCAGUAAGCGCCAAAACAGGUCUCAAUGUUGACAAAAUAAUUCCUUCAAUUAUCAAAAACAUCCCUGCUCCUGUGGGUGAUGAAUCAAGACCAUUAAAAGCUUUGUUGGUUGACUCGUGGCAUGAUCCGUAUGUGGGUGUGGUGAUGUUGGUACAUGUUGUUGAUGGAAAAUUGAAAAAGGGAACAAAGCUACUCUCGGCGCACACAAACAAAACUUAUGACGUGAAAGAAGUGGGGAUAAUGUACCCUGAUAGAACACCAAUGGAAUAUAUCAAAGCCGGUCAAGUCGCUUAUGUGAUUCCGGGGAUGAAAAACCCACGUGAAGCAUUGGUGGGUGAUACUUUUUUCCAAUUGGGAAAAAGCGAAGGCUUAGACCCACUUCCAGGUUUUGAGGAGCCCCAACCUAUGGUGUUUGUAGGAGCGUUCCCUUCGGAAGGAAAAGAUUUUAGCAUUAUGGAUGAUUCUAUACAAAAUCUAGUGCUCAACGAUCGGUCCGUGCAUUUGGAAAAAGAGACAUCGAAUGCAUUAGGUUCAGGCUGGAGAUUGGGAUUCUUGGGAUCUCUACAUGCAUCGGUCUUUAAAGAGAGGUUGGAAAAAGAGUAUGGUGCGAAAAUAAUAUUGACCGCACCAACUGUGCCGUAUAAAAUUGUAUUCAAAAAUGGUGAUGAGAAAAUUAUCACUAACCCUGAUGAGUUUCCCGAUAAUAAAAUGCAUAACUUGGUAUCGCACUAUAUGGAACCUUAUGUUGAGACUAUUAUGACCUUGCCCAAUGAAUAUGUUGGUACUGUUAUGCAACUAUGUUUGAGCAACAGAGGUGAGCAGAAAGAAGUCGAGUACCUCAACACCGGCCAAACACUUUUACGAUACGAUAUUCCCAUGGCACAAUUGGUUGAGGAUUUUUUUGGAAAAUUAAAAGGUUGCACAAAGGGGUAUGCGUCUUUGGACUAUGAAGAUGCUGGAUACCGUAAAUCUGAUAUUGUAAAGAUGGAACUAUGUGUCAACGGAGAGCCGCAAGAUGCCCUCACCACGAUUGUGCACAAGUCAAUAGCACAAGCAAAGGGUAAAGAGUAUGUGACUCGAUUCAAGAAAUUUUUGAGGUACCAGCUUUUCGAAGUCGCCAUUCAAGCUCGAGUCAACAACAAAGUGAUUGCGAGAGAAACUAUUAAGGCCAAGCGGAAGGAUGUUACUCAAAAGUUGCAUGCUGCAGAUAUCUCCAGAUAUAAAAAAUUGUUGGAAAGACAGAAGGAAGGAAAGAAACAAAUGAAGGCAGUGGGACGUAUUAAUAUCGGAAAUGAUGCCUACCAAGCAUUUUUACGUCGUGAUAACUAG